AUGGUCUCCCAGACCGAUCGCGAAGUCCUGCGCGCGGAGAUCCGCUCGCGCGGCGACAAGCUUAAUGCCGCCGACCGUGAGAACCUAUUGAAACCAUACCUGCCCGACCCGGCCGACCUACCAUCAACCAACGCAAGCUCAAGCUCGCCGCGGCGGUCCCGCGCCGGAACCUCGUCCUCCCAACGGCGCCAGAAGCCUCGCAAAAAGCCUAUUCGCACAUUCCUCAAGUCGCAGCUACAUCGGUUCACCUAUGCAAUUACCCAUAUCUUCUUUGGUAUUGUUGUGCGUCUGUUGCAGGCGUACCAUGCCGUUGUCGAUCGGGUCUUCGCCAUCGUUUACCACCACCACCGUACGCCGGAGUUGAUCCGCAAGGAUGUCCGGGGGUUGAAGCGGUUGCCGGAGCAUCUCAGUGUGAUACUGACUCUGCAAAAGGAGGAUGAUGCGUUGGCUGUGUUGAUGGACGAGGUUGCCGAGUUGGCUGCUUGGAGUGCCUGCGCGGGGAUUCCGCAACUCAGUGUAUAUGAGAAGUCUGGUGUCCUCAAAUCCUGUAUCCCAGCCCUACACCAGAUCAUCUCCACCAAACUGGCCUCCUACUUCGGUACACCUUCUCAACAACCCUCCCUCCAGCUCUUCGCCCCCCACCACCCUGUCUAUGGCACCGCGCCAAACCCCAAGUCCGACAACCCUUCCUUGACUCUACUCCUCCUCUCUUCCACCGAUGGCCGUGAAACCAUCGUCGACUUGACCAAGACCCUGGCCGAAAUGUCACAGAAUGGCAAGUUGUCACCGGAGGAUAUCACACCGGAACUGGUGGAUGCAGAGAUUAGUGAAAUCACCACUCAACCUCUACAAGCCAGUGGCCGUACCGUCGGCACACUGAAGCCCGAGCCAGACCUCCUUUUGGUCUUCGGUCCCUUUUUGAAGCUGGAUGGCUACCCGCCGUGGCAGAUCCGGUUGACGGAGAUGUAUUGCACUGGGGACCGGAACCAUGCCGGGUACGGAGAGGCUGUAGAGUAUCAAGGGUUCAUGCGUGGGUUGUGGCACUAUGCAGGAGCUCAGAUGCGGUUUGGUCGUUGA